CUCCCUCUCUCUCUCUCUCUAUAUAUAUAUAUAUAUAUAGACACACCUCACCGUUCUUCGUCUUCGUAACUUGGUCUUCUUCGUAUGUACAGUGAUUUAUGGGUGAGUACACAGGCGAGGAGCAUGUACGUGCGGGCGAAGAAGACGAACCAGAAGCUCUGCUGCCUGAUUCGUCCUUCUCCGGCGGCGAAGGCAAGCCCUGGAAGUGGGGUGGUUUGGGCGGUGCCGUGGUGGUGAGAAGGUGGUCGGUGAUCACUAUGGUGCUGGUGGGGUUGUCUGUGUUGGCGGUGUUUCUGCUCACCUCAGCUUCUCUUGUGGAAUUUCCCUCCAUCCCACAACCCAAGGAAAACAAUGUCAAUGUGAGUGAGUCAAAGCUAGAGAGAGUUCUGAGAAGAGCAUCAAUGGAGGACAAGACGGUGAUACUGGCAACCCUGAACGAUGCGUGGAUCGAACCGGGUUCAAUAUUCGACCUGUUUCUCGAGAGUUUUCGGAUCGGAAACGACACCCAGAAACUGCUGAACCACUUGGUGCUCGUAACUUGGGAUCAUAAGGCUUAUAAUCGUUGCUUGGAGUUGCAUCCACACUGUUAUCAGAUGGAGUCGAAAGGUGACCAAGCAGAUUAUGGUGGUGAUACCUUCUUCAUGACCCCCAAAUAUCUCCACAUGAUGUGGCGUAGAACUGAGUUCCUUAGCUCCGUCCUUCAGGCUGGUUAUAGCUUCGUGUUCACGGACUUGGACAUAAUGUGGCUUAGAGACCCGUUUGAGAGGUUUUUCAAGGACGUAGACUUCCAAAUUGCUUGUGAUCACUUUAACGGCAACUCAUCAGACACAAAUAACUGGCCAAAUGGAGGGUUCUUAUACGUAAGAUCUAAUCCCAAAACCAUAGAUUUCUACAAGUUGUGGAUUGAAUCAAGAUCAAUCGACCCAAAACUGAACGAACAAGACGUGCUGAACAAGAUCAAGACACACCCAUUUGUGUCUGAAAGGAACAUGACGAUAAGGUUCCUCAACACAGCCUAUUUUGGAGGGUUUUGUGAAGUGAGUAGAGAUUUCAACAGAGUUUGUACCAUGCAUGCCAAUUGCUGUGUUGGUAUGGACAACAAAAUCUUUGAUCUUAAGAUAUUGCUUGAAGACUGGAGACGCUAUAUGGCUUUGAAUCCAGAUGAGAAACAACGUUCACACCCAAGAUGGAGGGUUCCCAAUACUUGCAGAACGUCCUUCAAACGAGCCAGAGCAAAGAGGAAUAAAGAGAAAAAUAACGAGAAGUCGCAAUCGAAGACUUAUGAACAUAAUUGAAAGAAGCUUUGUAAUUGUAUAGAGAGAAUGAUCGAGGCUUUUAUAUAUAUAUAUAUAUAUAUAGAGUUUCUUAUGGUGGCAAACCAACUGGGAGACAAACUCAUAUUGAAAAUGGAUCGGAGGAAUAUAUGGAAAACAAAUGUAAUAUAUUCAAAGUUCUGAAGCUUGUGAGAUAUCAUAAAAGUUGCAGCAGCCUGGGAAUUUCAUUGCUUACAGUUAA